GCGGCGUCACAGUAGUUUGUUACGUCGUGCCGCCAGGGCACUGUCAACGUCGCGCUGUGGAAACGUCGUGCAUGUGUUAUCGUGACUCGCUGCGGCGUUCGUACGCAAUCGGUGGAAGGGAGGCGAUGCUCGCCGCUCGAGAACUCUCGCUUAUUCUCCCACGGAGAGUCGAUCAUAUGUUUGUGGAGCAUCUCCGGUGCUGCUGAUAUCCCGCCCCCUACAGCAGGUCAAGUGUACCCAGUCCGGCAAAAGCACGGGAAUUCUACCGCUCUAAAUGUGCAAAACUGUCACCAUGAACGUGCCGAUGUUCAACGUUAUCCUCCUCGGCUUCGCCUUCAUGUUCAUCUUCACCGCAUUCCAAACGGGCGGCCUAAUACAGAAAGUCGUUCUAGACAGUAUUCACAAUGAAGAUCCCAGCUAUACUGGUGACGGCUACGUCAGCUUGGCUGUUAUUUAUGCUGUUUUCGCCAUCUCCAACUGGUUGGCACCAUCGGUGAUCAGCUUUCUCGGCCCCAAGUACACAAUGCUCUUUGGUGCUGUCACAUAUAACAUAUUUGUACUCCAGUUCCUGUUUCCUGUAACAUGGGGUUUAUAUGCUGCAUCCGUUGCCAUUGGUGUGGGGGCUGCGAUGAUAUGGACGGGCCAAGGGAACUUCUUGACAAUCAAUUCCAACAGCACCACCAUGUCCCGGAAUAGCGGCAUUUUCUGGGCCAUGCUACAGUGCAGUCUCAUCUGGGGCAACAUAUUUGUCUACAUCCAAUUCCAAGGUCAAGAACAAAUCGACCGGCAAAGCCGGUUAACAGUCUAUGGUGCUCUGACGGGCAUCGGCAUUCUCGGCAUGUUGCUCCUGCUGUUACUCAGGGGCGGUGGAAUUCCUCGGCGCCAGAACAGCCAAAACGAAACGGAAGAAAAAAGCGGUCCCUCAUCGCAGGUUGACGUCAGACAACUCAACACCGAUUCUGGCUUCCUAGAUGCACUGUUCCAGUCAUUGAAGCUGAUGAGGACUGGCAAGAUGCUCACGCUCAGCGUUGCAUUCUUUUAUACAGGAUUGGAGCUGUCAUUCUUCAGCGGUGUUUAUGGGUCGUGCCUUGGCUUCACGAAAAGCUUUGGCAAGGACUCUUCCAAGUUCCUUGGCAUCAACGGUCUUCUCAUUGGUGCUGGCGAAAUCACUGGUGGGCUUCUCUUCAGCAUAUUGGGCAAGCAGACAAACAAGGCUGGCAGGGACCCCAUCAUUCUUCUGGGCUACCUCGUGCACAUCGCUGCCUUCUACACCAUUUUCGUCAACCUGCCAGCAAACUCACCGCUGGGGCCCACGUCAGAUCCCACCUACAUCACGAGCAAUCUUUACCUUGCCUUCGUAGGUAGCUUCUUGCUUGGAUUUGGUGACAGCUGUUACAAUACACAGAUCUAUUCUAUUCUUGGAUUCGUCUACGCCGACAACAGUGCGCCGGCAUUCGCCAUCUUCAAAUUCAUUCAGGCAAUAGCCGCCGCCAUCGCCUUCUUCUAUUCCAACUACCUGCUGCUGCCGUACCAGCUGCUAAUCCUGGUGGUGUCGGCAACGCUGGGCACACUCUGUUUCUGGAUCAUAGAGUGGCAGACGUUCGUCGAGUCCCGGUGCCUCAAAGGCCACACCGUCUCAGACAACAGUAGUAGCACUGACGAGCCCUGCAGCGGUGAGGAUGAAAUGUGCACAUUACUGCACUCACAUGAAGAAGCGUAGCUGAAGCGCAGUGUGGAGAAGCUGUGAAGGCCCAGCCAGUACACAUUCCUUGUCCACUUCAACAGGCCCGUCCUCAAGGCGUACCAUAGAGCACCGCAGCAGUUGAAAGUCACGAUAAUGGAUGCUGCCGUCGGUCCAGCUCCGUAUUCUUGAGCGUUAUUGCGUCUAUAAUGUCAAUUACCGUGGCGCGCCUUUUAUUUCCGUACAUACCAGUUUGUGACGAUUAUCAGCAUGCACACACACGCGUGCAACUCUAGGCGACGGUUUACUGCAAUAUGGUUGUCUCACAUAGAGUGCAAGUCUGGUGCCAUGGACUUUUAGAAUAUUUUUAAUAAGUGACCAUAUUACCUUUAUUUCAAUGCACUUUCAUGUUAUGAGGUAGGCUGUGUUGAGUCUACUUUAUAUGUUCUUGUUAAACAAGAGACUUUUGCAAUUGCUCAGGCAUACUGUUAUAUAACUUUCAUUUGUCUAUCGUGCAGUUGUCACUUGUAGUACAAAGGGAAUGAUUAUGUGUACAAUAUAAAGUCUUUUAUUCAACAUGCCAUGCCCUUUAGGGAUGUGUCUUAAAGGAUAUCUGUAAAUAUUAUAUUUUUCUACUCAUUUGCAUGUUAAAAGCGCACUCGUGAAAUAAACAUGACUUUGGUUUCUUUG